CAGGCUCAAAUUCAGCUCAGUUCUCCUUUACUUCUGAUGAAGAAAUGUUGGGACUGUACAAGCUUUUAGAUGGGCCCCGCUCCAUUUGCGAGUAUGUUGACUCAAAGUUAAAAGACCAUCGCUUCAUGGGAUUCUUUACCUGUGAAGACGAGACUAGUAUGGUGAACGACUCCAUGGAGCUUGAAGAAGAGAGUGUGGAUGAUGAUGAUUACGAACCAAGUAUUUCCUCUGAUUACCAUGUCGUAGAUGAACAUGGCCAUAACUUGUCGCCGGCGAAGAAGGAGCUCCAGACGCGUGGAAAGAGUUAUCCCUUUUAUGAAAUUAGCCGCCUGGCAUCGCCUGAAGAUAUGGACUUUGAUAAUGAUAGCCUUGCCGAGGAUGUUGCAGAGCCAGAUCCCAGUAUCGAUCUUCAGGACCCAUACAUCCUCAUGGAUACUGCAGCCCUGUUAAGACACCUGGGCCAUGAGGAUGAAGGGCAAAGAAUGGAGAUCAUACAUGUAUAUGACUCUACGAUCGAUAAGGACAGGAUCUGCAUCAAUGAAAGUUAUUUCAAGCAGCGGCGACGAUGGCAUGAAGAUGAAAGAAAGAAGCGGCGAGAGUCAGCGCUUCAGUUGAUAAAGGAUGAUCAAAAGAUCUGUGGAAGAUAUCCAAAUAUAGGACCCAGCGCUCGCUUGAUGGGGGAUCCCGCACGAUCAUCGCAACUACCAAAUCAGAUACAGCGCGCGUUGAUUCCAGCCCUUGCCUUAGCCUCAUCCUCGGCCCAGUCCCCAGCUGCAACUACGGCCACAUUCUCGCCCUCAUCUUUGGUCCCAUCCUCGUCAUCUUCAAUUCCCCCGUCCUUGUCCUCACCUACGCCGUCUCACCUUCACCCUCAUCCGCUUUUGCCCAGCCGCUAA